CUCAGCUUUCUCGUCUGUAAAAUGGAUAUAACCUGUAACUAUAGUGCUUCUUCAUGGGGUGAGGAUUAAAAAGAUCACCUAUUUGAAAGUAAUGUUCUGUGCUUGACAUGGAGCAAGCUGCCUUAGUGGCAGCUGUGACUUAAAAGUCCGCAGAUGAAUCCAUCUCCCUUUAAACCCCUUUUCCCAAGAGUGAAGGCCCCUUUUGAGGGAGUUUCAUGCAAAUGACAAUGAUUCUCUACUGCCUAAUUCUUAAACAGCCUUUCCCUUACAUCACUCAUUCAUGCUGCAAUGUACUGGGAUGGAUGCUUUAAUUUUAUCUCCCUUAUCCCCUUACGGGUCAUUUACUCUCACUAUUCUAUUUUGACGAUGAGCAAAAUGAGGCAGGGGAGAAUAGGAACGUCACCCGGUUUUCAGAGGCACAGCCAGAAUUCAGGGUUCUUGAACUCUUGAAAAGAGUUAUUGCUACAUCUAGAGUUUAUUUUCCAGACGUAUGUGAGAAUUGGUCUGGGGGUAGGGCCCGGUUCCUUUCUCCACUUCCACAUUAGCUUUGGAGACUAACGUGUAUGCAGUUCUCUCAGGCACUCCUGGCGGAGGCUAGGCCCUGAAGGCCUGGGGGGCUCACACGGCCAAGUGGACUGGGCCUCCCAGUGGAGGAGCCACAGAUUUGGGCUCCUGUCCAGGGGCAGGGAAGCAGGCCAGGGCCACAAGGGUUGAUUUGGGCCUUGGGCCAGAGCCUCCAGUUCUUUAUCCAAGAGGCCCUUUGCCUCCGAUUACAGAUUAUUGCCAUCAGCAGGGUUAUCUGAAGGAGGGGAGCUGAGUGUGAAAGCGGCCCAGCUCACGCAGAUGUGUUCUGCCUCUCAUGGUUACGUGUGCCUCCCUGAGACCACGGUCGGAAUAGCUGUGUCUAAACAGAGCUUCAUAUACUACAAAGGAUGCGCAGUUGUGCACUGUAUUUAUGUAUUACAAGUUCAUUGCAUGAGCACCCAGGAUGGGCACCCCAGCCUCUGUGGUGAGUGAGCCGCCCCCUUGGCAGGCCCCGGCUGAGGCCCGGAGCCGCAAGCAGGCCUCGGCCAACAUCUUCCAGGACGCCGAGCUGCUGCAGAUCCAGGGCCUGUUUCAGCGCAGUGGGGACCAGCUGGCCGAGGAGCGGGCACAGAUCAUCUGGGAGUGUGCAGGAGACCACCGUGUGGCAGAGGCUUUGAGGAGGCUGCGCAGGAAGAGGCCCCCCCGGCCGCAAGCCCUGGGCCACUCACUGCACCACUGCAGCCGGCUCAGAAUGCCCGAGCCCUGCACUCCACUGGCCGACCCACAGAGUGGUGCCACGGAGACGGCUUCUGGCGAUCAGUAUUUGAACUCCAGGAGGACAACUGCCAGAAUCCGCCGGAACUGGAAGAAGCCAGGCCCCACAAGCUACCUCCAUCAGAUCAGACACUGAUCCAGGGAAGGGGCUGGGAACGGCAGUAUCUUCUCCAGGAAUCAGAGGGACUUUUGCCAAAGGGCCCAGGAGCUGAAGAAGGAAGAGAGACCUGAGGCAAGACAGCCCUGCAGGGGUAAAUGAAAGACCACUGCCACUGGCCUGCUCCUUUCAGAACAGGACUGGAAACGUCCCCUGAGCUCUAGGUUAUGUGGGACCCAUUCCUCACCAGAAUGUGGAGAAACAGCGCCUCAGCUCUUCCCAUCUAACAGUACACCUGGGCUGCAUGAUAUUCCCCCGAGAGUCAGGUGAUGGGCACUCCGACUGAGCAUCUCCCCGCUCCUGCUCCUAACCCUCCUGCUGCUCCUGUAACCCGUGGCCCGGCGGCCUGCCCACACCCCUGCCCAUCAGGCUAGCACAAGGAAACUGUGGUUUAAGUGGCAAAAUAAAAACAUUCACAUC